CAUCCAGCCAUCGCUAUCGACAAGCGCAUCACGCGUCAUGCACAUUCUGUCGUGUUGUAGUCGUGCGGUGCUCGAGCGUAAACUUUAGUUGUUGUUGAGAUAGCGCUGUACUGACAGGUUUAUGUGUCACCUGCUUGUUUGCUGCUCGUUUUCAUCUUUCUGACUUCCAUUUCUGAAUUGUGUUCACAAGUAAUGGCUGGGGGAGACAACGACGUAGUGUACAAGGUGUCCGAAGAUGAUAAAAGCGAUGAUCUACUUGACGACGAUGCGCUGAUCAAGGCGUACAACCGCGCAGUCUCGACGAAUGAGAAUGAUAUAGGAUCUGGCAAACAGCCAUCGUCAUCUUCGGGAGCGGGCCCUCACAAACAGCAAAAGAAGAAAGGGAACAAGAAAACCGAUGGUCACCACACUCAGCAGAAAGCACGGGAAUGGAAAGUGGGAGACUUCUGCCGGUGUACCUACUCGGUUGACGGACUGUGCUACGAGGCUAAAGUUAAGUCGGUGGACCAUGACACGUGUGUUAUUCGUUAUGUCGGAUACGGCAACGAAGAAGAGGUGUACCUAUCGGAAUUGCUCCCAUCGGAAGGAAAAUUUGCACGGCAGCGACAGAACGAACAGGCCAAGCGAGAAAAUGCACACGGGUCUCCAACGCCACCGAGUGAGGACGAUCACAGUGCACCUGCAGCCCAUGGUCCCCGCACAAAUGAUGGUUAUUCCCAGUACCAUGACGCACCGUUUCAUUCGUCCCACUCGCUACCACCAGCUCCACCAAUGGAGCCUCUCCUAGGUAGGCUCCCGCCAUUUUUGAAGCAUUCCAUUCCACCGCCACCUCCAAUUCCUCACGGUGACCUCCCGAGCAACGAAGAAGCAUUGGCCUCUAUGCUCAUGUCAUGGUACAUGACUGGCUACCAUACCGGCUACUACCAGGGCUUGCAAGAAUCGAAGUCAAGCAAAAGGGAAUGUUGCUGCUGCAGAUGCAAUAGUCACAAGUAAUUAACCGGACUGUACGUAAAAGUUAAUAAGCACGGCACGCUGACUUUUGGUUGUUCUUGUGAUUCAUUUUCCUAGCAGCAAGAAUUUUAAGAACGUAGUUUCACAGUCUUCCGUGAACCUUUUUGCAUUUGUAUUGCAUACAGUUGAACACAUGCUAAUGACAUUAAAAUACACCACUUCUCUAGUCAUA